AUGUCAACGCCUUCCCAUUUACUCCGCCCCUUCGUUCUCCUUACGCGUGCUUUCACUUUCACUUUCACUUUCAUACCACGUUUUCUUUCUUUUCUCUCAUUGUUCUCUUUUUCUCCAUUUUUUCUUAUUUCUUUUUAUCAUUGUCUUUUUCUUUUGAUUUUUUUCUUUCUUUUUACACAAUAUAUACCUCUUCCUCCUUUUUAUUUCUUUCAUAUAUGUUUGUGUUGUUUUUCUACUGAAACUAUUUUUUCAUUCUUUCUUCUUUUCUUUCAACAGAAUUUGUACUUUUCCUCUUUUUCAUUUCUUUCUUUUCUACUUCUUUUUUACAGGCUUUUUUCUUUUUUUCUACUAAAGCAAUUUUUCUUUUUCUCUAUAUCUUUUUUCUUUAUUUAUUUUUCAGUAGUUCUUCCUUUUAUUAUUUCCUUCUUUUUAUUGAUUUCUCUCUUUACAGAUUUUUACCCAAUUCAUUCUUAUUCAUUUUUUUCAUUUACUUAUUUAUUCAUUUCCUUCUAUGAAAAUUCUUCUUUUCUUGAAAUUUAUUUAUAUCUUUCUAUGCUAUACAUUUUCUUUCCCUUUUUUUCCUCUUUCAUUCUUUAUUCAAUUAUUUAUUUCUCUCACUUUUUUCUUUUACCCGUUUUUCUAUCUUUUAAUUUGCUCCUUCCGUUUUCUAUUUGUUUUCCUUCUUUCCUCUUACCUGUUUCCUUGAUCUUUCUUUCUUUCUUUUUGUUUCUUUCUUUCUUUCUUUUUUUCUUUCUUUCUUUUUUUCUUUCUUUCUUUUUUGCUUCUUUCUUUCUCUCUUUCUUUCUUUCUUUCUACUUACCUGCUCCACUGAUCUUUCUUUCUUUCUUUCCUGCUUCAUUGUUCUUUCUUUCUUCGUGUCGCUGCUUUCCUGCCCUUAUUCUUUUUCUUCGUUUUCUUUCCUUCUUUCUUCUCCAAACUAUUUCCUUUAUAACAAUUGGAACAAUAUAA